AUGACCGAGAGGAGUGUGAACGAGAUUACCUCUGACACGGACGAUGUGUCCUAUGAAAUAAAACGAGCCCGAAUAGGAACAUCAUCUCCGACAGACGACAAGCCGGCAAAUGUGUCCAUAGACUCGAAUAAAGUUUCGGUUUACAGUAACGGGAACAGCGAGGCUACAGAGAGCACGUGCUGUGAAUCAAACAAUGUUAGUUCGGACGACUGUAAGGCUGAGUGUAAUGGGGGAAGUAAUGGUGUAGGUAGUCCUCCUCCACCCCAACCCACCCUUCCUAUCGUCAAUCCUGUGGUCUGGGUACAUGAGCAGAUAGAGAAUGGUAUUAACCCCAUGUCCGUUCUGAUCAAUAUCUUGCCGCCAAACGUUGCUCUCCCAGAGGGUCUUAGUGAUCUGACUCUGUGGCGGAUUGUGAUAGAGAUAUUAUCAGACAUGCCCAAGAGAACCAAGUUACCCCACAUAAACACCCUUCAUGACGUCAUAUCCCUCCUCAAAUCCUGUCGGAAUAUUGUGGUAGUCAGUGGCGCUGGAAUCUCUGUCUCUUGUGGUAUUCCUGACUUCAGGUCUAAAGAUGGUGUUUACGCCCGGUUAGCCGUGGACUACCCAGACCUACCAAAUCCACAAGCCAUGUUUGAUAUCCAGUAUUUCGCUCUCAACCCUAAACCCUUCUUCAAGUUUGCAUCUGAAAUCUGGCCCGGCCAGUUCUCGCCCUCUCCCAGCCACCACUUCAUAAAGCAGAUGGAGGAACGACAGUGUUUGCUCCGGAAUUACACUCAGAAUAUUGACACUCUGGAGAAAGUUUGUGGUAUACGGAAUGUAGUUCAAUGUCACGGUUCAUUCGCUACAGCAACGUGUAGAACGUGCGGUAACAAGGUGGACUCUGAUACAAUCAAGGAGGAUAUCAUGAAACAAAUUAUUCCUGUCUGUAAGAGAUGUCCAGAACCUACUCCAGCUUCAAUAAUGAAACCGGAUAUCGUUUUCUUUGGAGAAGGAUUACCGAAUGAGUUCCAUCACGCCAUUGAAGCGGACAGAUUGAAAGCCGAUUUGGUUAUUGUGAUGGGUUCCUCGUUGAAGGUGAAACCAGUGGCGCAUAUUCCUAACCUGGUGCCGCCGGACAUUCCACAGAUUCUUAUCAACAGAGAGCCUCUACCCCAUCUAAAUUUCGACGUGGAACUGCUUGGCGACUGCGAUAUCAUUGUCAACGAGCUGUGUUCCAGAUUAGAGUGGACUCUUCCCAACACACCUACCUCAACUACAGACGACAAAAUGGACGGCACGGAGAGGUUUGUCUGCACGCCGCCCGCCCGCUACAUCUUCCCUGGCGCUGAAGUGCAGGAUGACUGCUCGCAGGUAGACAGUGCAUCAGAUGAAGGCUCCGAGAGCCAGUCAGUCGUUACAACUGAGGACGAAGAGUCCAACACAGACAAUUACGUAGCCCAGAUGCGGUAUGUCAUGGGUUGUGAUUCAAGGACAUACUCCGAAAACCCGGGCCCUUCACGCAUUUCCCAAGAAGUGUCAGAAUAUGGCAGCGAGCGAUGGGAGUGUGAGAGUGUGAGUAAUGUGAGCAUUGCCGCGCAAAUGGGCGACAGUAGGGAGCCCAGCGUGGACAAUGUAUCAAUAUGCAGCGAGGUUGAGGACAUGGAGAGUAAUGUGAGCACAACGCCUCAACCUGCGGACAACAUGAGUUGAAAUCCUGUCCACACAGUUCGUUCCGUACACGUGCAAAAUAUACAAAGUGCACGUGUAUAGUGUGAUCUGUGCAUCGUGUGCCCUGUGCCCGUAUAAUGCACUAUAAAGCUCCGACAACACGAUUACCAAGAGUUGCUCUAACAACGUCAGUCAGUUUUUUAUUGUUCUGUGAUGCAAUAUUUAAGAAAAAAUUGUUGUGACCACAGUUUUUGACAGCCAGUAUAACAAUUGCAAAGGGAUUAUAUAAGACUUGGAGCAGGGUAUGAAAUAUUUAGCUGUGAGUGAGAUUUGAGAAGCGUUUGUUUAUAAAUCCAGUUAAAUGUGACUAUUUCUGACCCGUUUGUGGACGAUUUUUGUGUCCACUGAAUUUGGUACGACAGCUUUACAAUCGAUCGGAAAAAUCAUACAAGAGCUUUUCAAAAUAAACCGAAUGAUUGAAUCUGAUUUAAUGGUUAUCUCACUCAAGCAGGAUCGGACUCUCACGAAAUCGUGUUGUCAGAUCUUAAGAUAUUUUCAUGUUAUGUGAGUUUGCUGGACUGUCAACAUAUUGUCCCAUGAGCAUACUGGUUCAAAAUUUUUGGUUAUUUAUUUGCAGUUUAAUUUCGGUAACUUUUAUUUGAAUACGCAGGUUGCCACACCGCGAUUACCUGAUAUGAAGGUUUCAGGCUUCAGCUUUAUUACAUGUUUCUAAGGUGUGGAGUAUAAAAACUGACCGUUAUUUUCAUCAAUUUUAUUUAUAUAAAAGUUGAAGUGAAUUUUAUGUAGUGAAUUUCAGCUUCACGCAUUUGCAUCGAACAGCCUUUAACAAACCUUCCAAAAAUCUACUUUGUUUUACCUCCAACCAUAUUAUGACUCAACCUUUCUGCUAAACUUUUUGUGUUAAAGUGUAACGCUGCUAUAAUUCUAAGCAAUAGGAUAAUCUGUGACCUAAACCUCCCUUGGUAAUUUCGUUUUUUGUUCGCGAUAAAGAAUUGCAUUGGUUUCACUCUAUUAGAUUUGCUGUCCAAUCGAUCAAGGAAAAUACAAUUAGCCACUGACCCUGUAAACAUGAUGAAGUUUAUGAUAGAUCGCUGUUAACCAAAUGAUCACAACGGAGCAAACAUCGGGUAGAGUAGAUAUUUUCAUUUAAAUCUUUUGUUAAAACAAACAUGGCGUUCCACCUAUAUACUCUUUAAUAGUAAUGUGUCUGUCUAUUUUACGGCGACCCCUUUUGGUAUUUUCCCAGUUUUAGAGUAUAAAUAUGGAAACAAAAUUUUGAAAUGAAUCUAUUUUAAGUUUGGUAAUAUAUGAGAGUUAAGUUUAGUGAGUUAUCACUUUAAUCAUUUCUGUACGCUCUUUUGGGUACUGAAAGUGGCAAAUUUAGGCAUAAUGUCUAACAUAUUACGUUGCAACAUGAUGUUCACGCUAUGAAGUGAGGAACUCUUUAUGUAUCACGAAUUUUAACCAAGUUUAAUUUAA